AUGUCGUCCGACUCGUCUUCGUUUUCGUCCGAUGAGAUGUCAGAGGACGGGUACUCAUUCGUUUUCCCCCGCCACAGCAAACGUGAAUACCUCCUCGCCCAGAUCCGCCAGAAGAACGCGAUCAUCGAGUCGCUUCUCAAGCAGAUUCACAACCCGUACCUUGCCACGCCGAUGUCGAUCGCUUCGUACCGGAUGGCGACGUCGCCGACGGACCAGAACAACCAGAACGUAAUCGCGUUCCUUGACCGCCUGCAGUCGAGCGUGCCCCCCGCGGGCACGUCCGCCGAUGCGUUCAAGCUCGAUUCGCGCGGCGAGCGACACAGCGGCGAGUCCGACGAGGAGUGGCACGAUGCAGGCGCGAACGAGCUUACGGAGCGGGGUAGCGCUGGGCAGGACGAGGACAAUGAGCCGUUGAAGGACGCGGAGGACACCCCGCAAGCGCUGCCGGACCAGACGGUCCCGCUGGGUCUCCUCGCGAAGCUGUCCCUGGAGAACUCGCGCAGACGGCCCAGGAAGUCGGGUGCGAAGCCGAAGGAGAACGAGUCUUCGGACGAUGAUGUUGGUGUUGCGAACGAGACGUUCUUCGAGCCUGGUCCCGCCUUCAACCUGGGUCUCCGUGCAACGAUGAUCGAGAGCGUCAGCCCUCCGGAAAUCUUGGUACACGGCCUCGUCACGCCGGACGACGUCGACAAGCUGUUCAAGAUCUACUUCGACAAGAUCAACAUCCACUGCGACAUGCUCGACCCGGCCCUGCACACUCCCGCGACGACGUUCAACCGCUGCCCGUUCCUGUUCACAGUUAUCUGUGCGAUCUCGUCUAGAUACUACCAGGAGAAGUCCGACAUCUACCCCAUCGCGAUGCACUUCGCGAAGCACGCUGCCGCGUCAGGCCUUCUCAACGGCUGGAAGUCGGUCGAGCUGGCUCAGGCGUACCUGCUCAUGAGUCUGUACGGCGUGCCCGCGCGGCGCUGGGAGGAAGACAGGAACUGGCUCUACACCGGUUUGGCGAUCCGGAUCGCCACGGAUCUGAACUUGCACGUCGUGUCUAACGUCAAGCCGAAGACCGAGGCACAGGAGCGCGAGCUUGUCAACCAACAGCGUGUGUGGAUCCUCUGCUACAACUUGGACAGGUCCACGGCAACGCAAUUUGGCAAGCCUGCGACGAUCAAGGAGGACUACACUAUCCGAAACUCUGCCGACUGGUACAAGCGGUCGACAAGGAAUGCUCCAUUCAACAUCGGAACUUCGGCAUACGCGCAGAUGCUCAGGAUCAUGGCACAUUUCCAUGAAGAGAUUUACUCCGAUCCUGAUACACCGACCGGUUUGAACCAGAACCUGGAUUUCCGCGCCUCUAUCGUCGACCACGACAACCAGUUGAUGGAGUACUUCAAGGAAUGGUCGGAGCGCUUCAAGCGCGACUCUGACUUGACUGACAAUGCCCUGAAGUUCCGCGCUGCCUUGCUUCCAUUCCUCACCGGUUACUCGAGACUGGUCAUGUGGUCCUUCGGGUUCCAACAAGCUUUCAAGCGCGGCUUCCGACCUGAGGACUCACUGUUCCUUGACAAGUGCUUCGAGUCCGCGAAGUCAGUUAUCGUCACUUUGAUCGACACCCUGGCGCCGUCUGGUUAUAUGCGCACUUCCCCGGAUGCCCACUUCGUGUUUGCCUCCUUCGCAUCCGCAUUCCUCUUGAAGCUGCUUCGCCCAGAGUGCUCGAGCUUCGUCUCCACAGAAACGCAGACCGAAAUCUUCGACCUCAUCAGCAAGCUCAUCGACGUGCUCCGCUCCCCAGACAUCGCCAUCGACGAACGCCACACCCCCGCUCUGCACUCGCGCUUCCUUCACGGGCUCCUUAGGAAGCACCGCCACCUGGCGAACAUGCACAGCUCGGGCUCCUCUUCGAACGCGUAUCAGUCCCAGUCCUCCGGCUCCUCCGCGCAGAGUGUCCCCCAACCGCAAUACCCCGCCCACGGUACCGGAGGCGUGUACGACAAUGUCACGGCGACGAGCCCGAUGUCUUUCACCGGGUCCGAUUCGUCGCUGCCGGAACCCAUGUUUGACAUGGAGCCGUCGUACGCCGCCGUGAACGGCCAGAACUCGUUCCAGCUUGGCAUGCAGCCUGAGGAGACGUGGGGCCCGCUCAACGCGCUGGCGAACCCCAACUAUUGGAAGGACAUGAUGAUGCCUGGCUUCUCGUGGCCCGAGUCCCCGCCCUCCGUGCCGGAGCACAUCCCCAACGGCUUCGACAACAGCUUCCAAUACCACAUGGCCGCACCGAUCAUCAGCGGCUGA